UUUACUAAAUGCAGACGAGUGGUCACGUUAUUGCAGUAAAUAUGAAUUUAAAGAUUCUGGUUUUGUGCGUUGUGUUUUUUGUCGAAGCAAAAAGUGAGUGUAGUGAUUACAUAACGUGUUUAAGUGAAUUAAUUCAUGGAUUCUUCGGAAUUAAUCCCAAAAACUCAACUAUCAACGAUAAUUUCAACGAAACGAAUGAAACAGACUUAUUCGAAAUUAAAGAUUUUAGUAAUGCACAUCUGUAUAGAAUUCUGGAUAAAGUAUCGAGUAUCGUCAAAGAUAAUGUUACAGGUGAUAUAAUUGAAUCGAGAUCUAAAACAGCCGAGUUCAUGAAUGAUAAAACGAAAGUUUUGAUAAAAGUUUUUGAUUUUGACAAAUCCGAUUUUGAAAACAAUGCAAAAAUAGACGAUAAGGAAGAACAACAGGUUUUUGUAACAUCAACAAAUGCAACGGAAGAAAUGAAUGUUUCCACAAAUACAGAAAAUCCGAAAGAUCAUCUACUAACCACAGAUUUAAUAUACCAAGUGAACGAUAUGGCUGAAUCGGUUGUGAAUUUUGAAGAUAAUUUAAUUUUGCCCGAUAAUUAUUUCGAACUUGAAGAAAAUAACACAGACUAUCCUAACAUAGAUUAUUUAGAGAUAUAUAAAGAUGUGACAGUGGAAAAUGUGGUGUUUGAGCCAACUGAACUGCCCGUAAUUUCAAAGGACAUUGAAUUUGGAAAUGAGAUUGACAGUAAUGUGAUAGACGUAUUAGAUGAAAAAUCAAAUUCUUUAGAUAAAGUGGAUUCUGGAAUAUCUGACGUGUUCCCGUGGAUUGUCACGAUUUACAUCAAAAACGAGUCAAAAGAUGAUCAAUACGAAUAUUAUUGUGAUGGGGUUUUGCUAAACGAUCGAUUUGUAUUGACCGCGGGACGUUGCGUCAAUAUAAAUAAUGUCACAUCGAGUGUUGAAGAUCUUCUGAUUGUUCUGGGGAAGGCGUCUCUUCAUUCUGUUGGUGAACAUGAGAUGGUUCGUAAGGUUAAAACUAUAAUAACUCACGAGAAUUUCACGAUUUACGACGGUGGCGCUGUAAAUGACCUGGCAUUGAUGGAGUUGGAUGAGCCGGCGGAUUUGAAUAGCAAUGCACAAGGUGCUGUCAUGAUUGCAGAUGAUUCCGAUGUGGAAUUAGGAGCUACAACAGCCUGGGGUUUCACUGGGGAGUUAACGCCAAUAAUUUUCGAUACAGAAGCAAGUAAGAAGUGCGAAGCAAAUCCGGAGUACGAAAAUCUAUUCUGUGCUAUUUACGGCAAUAAUAUAGCUUUAUGCCCAAGUUACGGAGGUCUGCACGUGGUGAAACAGACAGACAGAUGGUACCUGCGCGGGAUUCGAACCGGCGACCCGGAGCGAAGAGGAAUAUGUCUCAACCGAAAUGUGGUUUUCACGGAAUUGAGUAAUUAUAAAGAUUGGAUUGAUAAUGUCAUUGCUCAAUAAAUUGUUUUAUAUAUCUU